ACACACACAGGAGCUCAGGUUGUUGGAACAUAUGGCGUAGAAUCGGCAGGUCACAAGAGAGAAAUGUCAUACAGACGCCGUUGUACAUUUUAAAAGACAUUUACCCUAUUCUAAAAAUCAUCGCAAUGAAUUUAGGACCGAAAAACUCAUAUGGUAAUGGCCUAGCAUACGCUGGGUUCAACCAGGACCAAGGAUGUUUUGCAUGUGGAAUGGACACGGGAUUUAGAGUUUACAAUUGUGAUCCUCUGAAGGAGAAAGAAAGGCAAGACUUCUCAGAUGGAGGCAUUGGCUAUGUUGAGAUGCUGUUUAGGUGUAACUAUCUGGCCCUUGUUGGUGGUGGUUCACAUCCCAAAUAUCCAACAAAUAAGGUGAUGGUUUGGGAUGACCUGAAAAAGAAGCAUGUUAUUGAACUAGAGUUUGCUUCUGAAGUUCGUGGUGUGCGAUUGCGCCGCGAUCGUAUUGUAGUCAUCUUAGACACCAUGAUCAAAGUUUACACAUUUACAUCUAACCCUCAGCAGCUUCAUGUAUUUGACACUGCAAAUAACCCUAAAGGGUUGUGUGUGCUGUGUCCCAAUAGCAACAAUUCACUGCUUGCCUUCCCUGGUCCCCGCGCUGGCCACGUGCUCAUCAUUGACCUUGCCAACACGGAAAAAUCUCCACAGGAUAUUCUUGCUCAUGACUCAACUCUUAGUUGUAUUGCCCUCAAUCUCCCAGGGACAAGACUAGCCACAGCCUCGGAAAAAGGUACAUUGAUCAGAAUUUUUGACACAGCUACAGGAACCCAGUUGAAUGAGCUCCGCAGAGGUGCAAAUGCAGCAACUAUAUAUUGCAUCAACUUCAGUCAAGAUUCAUCCCUACUGUGUGUUUCUAGUGACCACGGAACUGUGCACGUAUUUGCUACUGAAGACGAGGACAAGAAGAACAAACAGUCAAGCCUUGCAUCAGCAUCUUUCCUGCCUAAAUACUUCAGUAGCAAGUGGAGUUUCUGUAAGUUUGAAGUACCAGGUGGAUCUCAGUGUAUAUGUGCCUUUGGCCCUACCAGCAACUCUGUCAUAGCAAUAUGUGCAGAUGGAAGCUAUUACAAGUUCACCUUCAGUAGCAAAGGUGAGUGUAACCGGGAAGUGUACGCACACUUUCUGGAGAUGACAGAUGACAGGACAUAGUGCGCGCUGCACUCUACCGAGAAUUACACGCUGUGUUAUUUUCAAACAACACUUAAUGGGAAUUUGAACUUGUACUCUUUGUCAAAAUUUUUGAGGUUGUUGCGAUUUGGAUGUUGCCAUUUCGUGCGCUGGUUGAUGUGAUAGUCCACUGUUAUGUAAUUUAUAUGUCCAGUCUCUAAUUCCAUUUUUUAGAAAAUGCUGUUUCUUUUCUGUAAAUAUUCAGUUAAGUUAGAGCGAAGCCCUUCAUGAAGCCAUUCUUUAUUUUCCACUUAUCUGUGACUCUUAAAUAGUCAAGUUAUACGAGUUUGGAAGCAUUUCUGCUUUUAUAAUAGACUUCUUGAAUACUAUAAAUUAUUAUACAUUAUUUAUGCCAGAUUUUUUUUUUUUUUUUUUUUUUUUUUUUUUUUUUUUUUUUUUAAUGCCUGAAGAGUUUCUCUAUAGGUUUUAAUCCUAUGACUGAAAAAAUCAUUUUGAUUAUUUUAAGUAAUUAAAUUUUUUAUGUAAACUGAGGUAUUUAAAGUGGUUUACUUGGUAUCCAUCCAGUUCGUGGAAGAGUAAUGCAGAAUGUCACAAAUUAGGCUUUUAAGAUAUAAUUUCUUUGAAAUUGAGACUAUCAUCUUGUUUCUCCACUGUGUAUAUAUUGUAGAAAGUAGCAUAGAUGAAUUGUUAUCAAUGUGAGCAGAUUCAAGACUCUUAGACUUAAAAUCUUCCUUUUUCUAGUAAUUUAAUGUUCAUUUUACAGUGAUGAGGAGGAUUUUUUGGGACAGUACCAAUUAAAACUAGGAAACAAAAAUUACAAGUAAUAAAUAAGUUUUCUUAAGACUUGAUAUAUGUUUGGUGAUGAGGUAUUAGUUUCAUUAGCUGUGUUUUUCAAACUGAUUUUAAAUUGAGGAUUAUGAGAACAUUUUGGAGUGAAUACAAAACAUUGACCAUUUUAUUUUUCACCUAUUAAAUAUAAUAUCAGUUGAAGAAACUUCUAUUUUAUUACUGUAUUGUAAUGCCUAGUAUACUGUCUUGAGAAAAAUUCAUAUAAAUAUGUGAAGAAUUUGCUGUACCUAAAUUAUUUUUAGCCUUUACUGAUUACCUAUGUCAUUAUAAUGUAAUUUUAUACGUAUCGACAACUAAUUUAUACUAAAUAUAAAUUUUCACGUUAGGUAAACAGUUGAUUAGAUAUUUAAGGUAUGUGUUGCAUCAAUUUGGUGUACAGUAUAUCACUAACUAGAAAAAGUUAUAAAGAGUUCUGGUAACUGAGUUUACUGCAGUGUUUUUUCCUUAGCUGACCUCUCAGUGAAAAAGGAAGAAGCAUCUUUCUUCAUUACAAAUGAAUAAUUAUAUUUUUGUUACAAUAUGAGGGAUAUUAACAAGUCAAUUCUUUAUAUUUUUACUGUAAUAUGAAGAGCAGAGAGAGACGUACAGGGUACUUGCUAUUUCCUGUUGCACAUGGACACGCUGCUGGUUUAGUCUAUAACCUCUCUCAAAGCAUGCCAUCCUUGGUUGUGAUGUACGUAGUAGAAUAUUUGGUAAUUGACAAUUGAUUGUUGUAUAAGGUCAGGAUUGUUUUAAUGUUUGUGAAGUUGAUGGCAACCGAAGCUGCUCUUGAGAAUGGGGUUUUUGUCAUACUAAUGUAAUGGUCCGACUUUGGUCACCAGUUGCUCACACAAGUGCUUCCUGCUUAAGUAUCCCUGAAUUAUUUAAUUGUGGCAACUUUUUGUUUCACCCUUGCAACAUUCAUUGCAAAUUAAGUUGCCUCUAGAUUCCAAAGACAUUGUUUACACCUGCAGUAUACUGAUAUUUUCUUAAAGAGUACUUACAGUUAUUAUAUUAUAAUCAGUUUUAUUUAUAUUCGUGUAGAAAAAUGCAUUUUUCUCUACAAUAACCCUUCAUUCUUUCAUGAUGCCAUAUGUGUGUGCUUAUAUAUCAUAUACCAAGCCAACAAACUGUCAGAACCAUGCUUCCAUUACAGUAGCUCUUCGUGAUGUCUAAAUUGAUUACUUACUUUGCUUUGCACAUCUUACGUUUUACAAGUUUUCCGAUCCUAUUUGUUCUUUUACCUGCCAAAGACAAUGUUGUUGGGUCUGUGAUGAAGGUCUUCAAAGAUGUGCAUGAUCAGGACUUUAGAAUGAUUAUGCAUUAUGUCACCUUACCUCAAGUGAAUACGAACCGAACUAAUUGUAUUGUACAAUAUCUUUUUCAAGUUAUAUUUUUUAAUUUUUUUCAAUACUACAUGAAUUAGUUUAUAUUUGUUAUGGGUUGAUGUAAAUUUUAAUUUAUUAUCGUGUUGUUUGUGGCUGUGCUUAUAUUUAUGACCAAUUACCAUACAACCUUAGGAUCGAGAUCACACAUUUGCAAAAUCAACAAAAUUUUAAUUGAAAAUUUAGAAGAUAAAGAGUAUGGCUAAUCCUGUCCAUUGUAGUUCGUUGAAAAUUCAACUGAUCCUACUAUAUUUGUGUGUAAUAUAUACACACAUUUCUACUUGCAAAUAUAGGUGCAUAUAAUGUAUAUUAACCAUGCAUUUAAGAUUUUUGCUUGACCUCCAUCGUCUUUGGAAAUCUUCGUGGGAAAAGUCAAAAGGAUGUUCCUUCUGGCAGUAACAAUUUCUAUUGUAUAGACCAGUGGUUUUUCAACCUGGGGUAUGCAUACCCAGGUAACCUAGCCUUUUAGACUAAAAAAUUUAGGUUUGGUUCUCAACUUCGGGUUCCACUGACCCUGAGUUAAGAACGGCUGAUCUUGACUCGCCCUACAGUGACACUUUGCAGCUUGCCACAUUCUCUCCAAGUGUCCUUGAAUAAAGUAAAAAUGCACCUGUUACUGAAUUCUAUUUUCCCAUCUGUCAAUGAAUACCUUUCUAACUCUUUGGCUAUCAUUUCCCUAUAUUUGUACCUGGUUUUUUUUAUUUUGUUUUACUUUUACGUGCUAAAGUAAACUUCAGUUUUGCCCCACUUUCUUGCUGCUCACUUCAGGAGAGAGGCGACCACAGCAUUUGUAUGAUGGCCAACCCUAUCCAUGAAACCCCAUAAGAGGUGCUCAUGAUGAUUGAAAUAUUUGGAGAUGGUAGAGAUGUUUUUGAAAGUCCUGGUCACUGUAGAUGUUACUUCAAAUGGGAGCAACACUUCAAUAUUGCAAGUGUGGACCCGCUCGAUUUAUUAAUUAGAGUGGUAUGGCUUGAAUGCUAUUCUGUAAUAGUAGAAUUGCCAAAACUUUCUGAUUUUAUACGAGAUACACUGGUUUCAGUUAAUCUGAGAACCCUUUCUCUCCUUUGAUGUUUAUUUUCUAAAAUUUUGAUACACUAUAGCACCACUUUGUGAUUUAUCAUUUUCAAAGUACAUAUUUUUACAAAAUAAAAUUGUCCCAUUUGUUUGUUUAUUUUGUAUAAUUUUCAUGUAAACUCACUCAUGCUCUCCUACUUGUACUCUUAUCCUGGUGGCUAUUUAUUAGAGCUGUCUUGACUGUUUAUAUAUCCUAUGUCUUGGUAUGAGAAUGAGCGAGCUAUAUUGUCCUUAUUUACUUUUGGAGGUCUUCUGUGUCUUUGUGAUGCAAAGGGAUUGAAUAGAAUAUAUAAAUGGAGUGAGAAAACAAAUUGUGUAUUAGUAUACCCAUAAAUAUAUAGCGAACAAUAUGUAGAGCUGAGAAAAACUACUAAAAAGGACAAAAAAAAUGUUCAUUCAAUAGCUGGGUAUUUCAUCUUUAAAGCAGAGUUUAUAAUAAAUACUAUAUGCUGUCCUGAUCAAGUAACAUAAAAAUCAUAUGGUCUUAUUGCCUAGGCUAUAUUAUGGAAUUGUAGUAAAAUUAUACUGUAUCUGCAAACUUACUGUGUAUUCAUGUGUACAGAUACUUUGUGGGUAUUAGAGGCUUGCAGACAUGUAUCUGGCAGUGUGGCUAACAUACAGAGGUGCAACUUAUUAGAUGGUAUGAGCUGCUUAACACAAGUAUUGAUGUUUCUAAUAGUAGAUUCACUAGUUGUGUUUCUUCAUAUUUUAACUCGAAUUUCACUUGGUGUCCUGUAUUAACUCAGCUUAGAGAACAUUUUUGAUUUUCAAGUUCAUAUGAUUUUCUUCUGUACAUUGACAUAAUCAACUUGUAUAUUUUACUAUGCAAGGUUUAAUAGUCAUUUGAAAUUGCAUUUGAAAACCAAUAAAUUCUGUCAAUUUUUCCAGAAUUGUUGGUUGGAGUAUCUUAGGGGCCAUUAAUGUUUUCCAAGCAUAUCUUAAGUAUUUUACAUAAUGUCAAAUAACAAGCAACAUGAUGUACUAUUUAUUCUCUACCAAUUUGGCCGAGGUAUGAAUGGAAUGUUUAUCUUCUUACUUAAACUUGUGUAAUGGUAAAUUACCAAAUGGAGGGAUUUUUGCACUUUUUUUGAUAAUUACUUACAUUUAUGAUAAACAAAAAAUUUCCAUGUGGUAAGUGCUUGCUUAUUUUUAUUAUGAUCAUUGUACUGUAUGUGGUACUGUACUUAUUUGUAGUUUUGUUUUAAGAAUUUAUUGAAUGCAAUUUAUUCUAAAGUGGACUACUGGCUGGCCUUGCACACCCAAGAGUCACCUACUUUCUCUCAGUACCUUGAUCAGAUCUUGAGCAGUUUGCCUGCUGCUUAGUUAAGGCUAAUAUUUCACCUUCCAUUGAACACUUUCUUAACCCUUAAAUGCCUCGAGUAAUUAAAGUUUUAUGUUGUGAACAUGACAAAAGUAUAGUUCACAGAACUAAAAUAUAAAAAAAAUUGCAUUUAGCGAUUCGAGCACAGGAGGAAAUCGCAUGUAGCAAUUGUAGCCAUUUAAGGGUUAAUCUAUUAACUGCCCAAAUAGGAUAGACUACAACUUGUAUAUUAUACUGGUAUAUGAUCACAUUCCAUCUGUUUAGAUACAGCCACCAUAUUUAUGUACAGUACUAGGUGAGUGACUUUCGAUAUUUUAUGCUUACUCUAAAGGAAUUGGUAGGACUCAGAACUGAAGUCAACACUAGUUGCUUCACAGAAAUACGUUCUUGGAGACUAUGUUUAUUAUCACAUAACAGUUUUGGUGUUACAGUAUACAGUUCUUGCUUUUUAUUCAUGGUUGGACUGCAGAUAAUUAGUUGUUGUGAGAGGAGUGCCAGUUUUUGUCAGCAUGUUGUGCUCUCCCACUCGCUACAAUUCUUACCUUUUACCAACAUUUUGGAUUGCGAAUAUUCUUACAUCAUUGUGCCUUCCAAGUUCUGCAUUUCAUUAUAUAAAGUAUUGUAUUUGUGGCUGGAAAGUGGAGAGAGUAUUAGAAGUGUUCAGGCAGCUGUUUUAUUGACAAAUAGAAUAAACAUGUUGAACUUUUGGAUAUUUCUGGAAUGUAACUUUUUCCCAUAUACUAUACUGUACUAUACUUUUAUAUAAGAUUUGUACUGGGUUUUAGAUUUAAAUAGAUUUUGCCAGAACACAACCCUCUCAUGUAUUGUUGGCCACUUGGUCACUAAAAUCAAAUGUCCUAUCUUGAAGAUUAAUAAUUUAGUAAGUAUUUAAUUAAUCAAAUAUGUAGGAUAAUAAAUCAUGCAAUAUUUGAUUGAUAAAAUAUAAAAAAGAGACCCACGGACACAAAAGAAAUUAACAAGUAAAACACCACCAUUACCACAAGUCUAAAUAAGCAACAAAUGACCCAUUCUUACCUGCAUUUGCUUGUCAUGCAGCAGUGUCUUUAUUUGUUUCCUAGAUCUUGCUAAAUACGGUGUUGUUAUCCUGCCUAUUUUAUUCACUAUCAUUUAUUAUUUAAUUAUGAAUUUCCAAAGAGAGAGUUUUGGCACUAUAUAUUUGAAAAGGGAAUUUGGCACACAAGACAUGCCUAAUUUUGGUUCUCUACAUUUGCUGUGAUCAAACAUGAAAUUAGCUUUCAAUUAAUUCAGUGAAGUAUAACAAUAUAAAUGGUGAUGAGAAGCAAACAAGCAAAGUGAAGUGCACAUGCAAAACAAACAACACACACAUACACGUACAUGGGGGCCUCGCAGCUCAGUGAAUAUCACCCUGGGGUCGUAGUCCCAAUGGACCAGGGUUCAGUUCCCAGCCAAGGCAGAAACAAAUGGGCAGUUUCUUUCAACAUGAUGUCCCUGCUCGCCUAGCAGUAAAUAGGUAACUGGGAGUUAGACAGCUGCUUUCUGGUGAUGUGUGUGCAUGCGUUAGAAAUAUAUAUGUACUGUAGUAAACAUAAUAGAGGAAAAUACGUUGGUUAGAAAGGCAAGGUCCGAGAGCUAAUAGCUCGAUUCUGCAGACACAAAUAGUAAAUACAUAUAUGCAUUUAUGGAAUGGAAACCUGACCCCAUACUGUCAGAACUGUAUUACUCCACUUAGUCCUACAUCUAGUUGACUGCCCCAGUUCUCAUGAUUGGAAACUUUGCUUCCACACUGUCCCUUUUCACCCAAUGUCUCUUGAUAAAAUCCUCAGGGAAUCUCCUUUGCCAUAAACAAUUGAAUAAAUUGGGUAAGUUUAUAGAUUCAGGAAAGACCUAGGUAAGUACAAGUUUGGAAAUAGGGUUGUAGAUUUGUAGAACAAAUUACUGGGUAACGUAAUAGAUGUAAGAUCGUUGGAUCGUUUUGAGCAUAAGUUAGACAUAUUUACGAAUGAGUUUGGGGGAUAUAAAUAGGAACUGGCAUCCUGUGCAAUAUCUAGGAACCUUCAAAUCAUUUGUGACUGCAAAGGCCCAUAUAACCAAUUCUGACUUGUGAUGACCAAACCACACACCAGAAGAUGAGGAGACGAUGACGUUACAGUCCGUUAUGGACCAUUAUCAAGUCGAUUGUCCAGGACAGACCAAAAGUUAUAUUGAUAAUGGUUCAGAACGGACCAAAACGUCGUUGUCUCCUCGUCCUCUAGUGUGUGGUUUGGUCAUCAUAUCUUCAGCCACGUUAUUGUGACUCAUCGUCUGCAUUCUGACUUGUAUCAAUAUUUAGAUAAUUACUUGCAUACCUAUCAAACUAUAAAGGAGUGAGGUUUUGUACUUUAUGCUCCCACCUAGUUAUUGAUGGCUCUGACACAGUAGUAGUUCUUUGAUAUAUCUGACUCUUAUGUGUCUAAUUUCUAUUUAAGUCCCCCUUGUUCUGGUGUUCUUAACUUUUAAUGAUGCUUCUUGUUAAUUCCCCUUAGUAUGUUAAAUGUAAUUAUUAUGUCCACUCAUUCUUCCUCUUCUCCAGUUCCUGUAUAGUGAGGUCCAGCUCCCUCAUUCUUUAUAUUUUCAAGCCCUUCAGCUCAGGAACAAGCCUUUGGUUCUUUUCUAGUUUUGACUUGUUCUUUUCAAGUGAGGGGUUCCAUGUCGAGGUGGCAUGUUCAGGAGUGGGUCUUGCAUAUGUUGUGUAUAGGGCCCAAAAGGUUGCACGAAUGUUGGCCAGUGUGUAUGUGUAUGUACUGUAUAUAUUUUUAUAUACAUACAUUCACUGCAUAUACUGCAUACAUAGUAGUGCCUUAGUAGCAUGGUAUUUACAGUACUGUACAGUAUAUGGAUAUACAGUAUUGCAUUCAAAUAUAAGAUUCUUUAAGAUAGGAAACGUUUAAUGCUUUAAUGAAUUGGAUUUACAGUACUGUAAUGCAAAUUUAGGCAGUCUUACUACACUCCUUUGAGUUGUCUCAUCUUGCUUGUUGACAAUGAAAUGUCAACAAAUGAUUAUCUGUUAAACAGAUAAUAAGUUUAAAAUUAAAAUGCAGGUAAUGGAAGAAAUUUUAAGGCAUACUGUAACAUUCUUUAACAGUGACUACAGCAGUCGAAGAUUGACUUCACAUGAAUAAGUAGGAUUGUAAAGAAGUAAGAACAUGACUAACAUACAUCAAAGAAAUGUAGACUGUAUGUGUUCUACUCGGUAUUACAGCUGUAUUUUUUUUAGGUUACUGAUAAUACUGUAUAUGAUUAAAGCAAGUAGAACAAAAUUUGGUUUUAACAACUUGAACAAAAUGAAUAGCACAAAAGGUAAUAGUCACCAAUUAGAAUCCUGAGCUGUAAAUGUAAGUGAAGCAAGCAAAUUAAAUUUGACAAAUGGUAUUUUAAUAAGCUUUGAAAUAGCUUGCUCAAUGUACUGAUUAUCCUUUGACUCCAGUACUGGGCCACAGGCUCAAGAUUUAAUAAUAAUGAUCUAAUCAAAACCUCAAUACCAGCAGUUUGCAGUUCCUUAUUUUAUUUUAAGGAGAUGCAGGAGGUAUUGCCACUAAUAUAAGGUAAAAUAUAAGGUAAAACUGAAUCCUAUGGACUUCAUAUUAUAGAAAGGAACAUGUAGGACAAGUCUUCCAGUAGCGUGCAGAUUAGUACAUUGGGAUUAGUUAGAUGUGUAUAAAGAAAUUGUGAACAAAAGUUUCAAAAUGUCUUAAGAAAUCUUAUGCAGAAUUCUAAAUCUUAUUUGUGCUUGUGUGUUAAGAUCCACACGUGGGUUAAAAUGUAAACACUGUUGUUCUCUCUCAGUGAUGGAAAGUAAAUACAGUACAUCCAAGGUUAAUGAGACUAAUGUUGUUACUCAACAGUCUGCAUCUUAUUGCAGUACUGUAUUUAUAUUAGUAUUUUCUGCUCUCAACACAGAUGUGGAAACACCCCAAAUGAAACAUUUGCUUAAACUUACUGUUAAUAUAGAUCUUGCCCCUUUUCUACUGUACUACUGAAGCCGUAUGUGGGAUUAUGUAGCUCGUAAGUUUCUAAACUUUGAUAUUCCCAGCCUUUCAAUACUGACAGUAGGAAUGAUUUAAAGGUAAAUGAGUUGCUGUGUUUUUUAAAAAGAGUAUUCCUUGGGUAAUCUUGUCAUUGAAUGAGAAAAACUGUGACUGGCACCAGUGAAAGUGAAAGUAAAAAGAUUACAGUAUUUUGUCAUGUAUGUCUCGGGUUUGAUAAUGCUGGACCUGGCCUCUGAACACUAUAAUUAUUUUAAGGUAUAUGGUGCAGGGUAAUUUUUUAAUGAUCUAAAUUGGGCUUUGCUGAUGUCUGUAUACAAGUACAGUAAAGCUAUGUGUAUUCAUUAAUACAUACUGUAUUACCUGGUUAUACAUUUUAUUUUAUUGUUAUAAAAAUAUUUUAUAUGAAGUGUAACUGUUUUUCUUGAUAGAAUCAUCCAGUUACCUCAGCUCCUCUCAAAUGUUUAUUUCAUGUUUUCUUUCCAUUUCCCUGUCAAUUAGUGUAAAUGUACUACUGUACAGUAUUUAUGAAAACCAUUUAAAUCUGACAUUAUUAAGGGUGGCAGGAGGAACCAGUUCUGCCCUCAGAUUAGUAACCAGUAGCAAGAUUCAGCAUAAACAAAAAAUUUUAUCCAUGUAUUGUUGGAUUUUCUGUGCCACCUGUGAGACAUGAUUAUCAACAACUGUUUAUCAAUGCUCUCUUGUGCUUGGGCAGUUCACAAUCUGCAGAACGUGCAGAUUGUGAACUUCACACGUUCCAGCAUAAAUGUUGCUGUUUUGACUAGUGAAAUUUAGCCCAAAACAAUUUGCAUUUGGUACUCUUUGUUAAUAAAAUACAAUUUUUAGGGAAUAGAUACUAUAGUUGUUAGGAAAGGAUAAAUAAUUUGAAUGAUUAAGAGAGGUUGAUAUAAUAAAGAAUGUGCAGCAUAUUACUGUAUAUCCACACUGAAAGUUCAGUUUUUGUUUGUUUUUUAGACCCUUAUUGUCCAUGUCAUUACAUAAUAAUAAUGAUAAUGAUAAUUUAUUUGCAAGAAGGUACAAUGGGUUAGUGAAAUUACAUAAGAUUGGUAUUUUUACAUUCAUACAAAGCCACUAACACGCAUAGCAUUUCGGGCAGAAUUAUAUGGAUUCUACUUGGUAGUUAAUAAUCAUUCCCACUUUUCAUACAUUUUGACUAGUUAAAAGUUCAAGUAUUUAUACCCGUGGCCUCGGUUUUAUAAAAUCUUGAAUCAAGGCUCCGUGAACCAGGACACAGUGGCUCACUGUGUCAAAGAUUUGUUUGGUUAUCCAAACAGUAGCACAUUACAUUGAGAAAUGCUAAACAAAGUUUGAUACAUUGCUUCCGGAUGUUUCAUGUUCCUUCUUUUCAAUAAGCAGCGUUUCAAUUGUUUCAUCUCGAACGUUCAUAAGCAAGUAAAUUGCAAGUAUUACAGUACUGUAGUUAGAAAUUUUAACCAUUUAUGCAAAUGAAUUAAUUUAUUUUAUGCUGUAUUGUUCAGCACAGUAUUUCAGUUGUUUCUUCAAAAAUCUUUCUUUAGUCACAUUAUCUUCCCAAAACUUUAAUAGAUUGCUUGUAGAAGUUUUUUAUGAAUGGUAAUACUGUAUUAGUUUAAAUACCAAAUGACAGUAAAGUCUAUGUAUUAAUUCCCAAGUAGAUUUUGUUAAUUAUAGUACUAUAUUUUUAAUUUUAAUAUGCUUCUGGCAGCACUUGUAAAUAAAAAAUAACCAUCCAGGAUGAAUCUGCUUCCUUUUGGUAGCCACACAAGCCCUAUGAUGACUGGAAUUCCACACAACUUACACUUUCCUUAUCAUUGUCUGGUAAAAAAAAAAGACAUUCAUUUUCCCCGUGGUCAAUCUUUCAAACUGUAGCAAUUCAGUACAGAACUAUUUAUACAUUAAUUUAUUCAUGAAUGAACUUCCAAGUUGUAAGUUAUGUUUAUUGUUUAUGUAUAAUAAACAUUAGGUGCUCCAUGUAUUGAUUUAAAGAACAAAAAAUAUUAUUGUUUUAUGUGAAAAUUACUGAAAUGUAUUUGUGAUUAUGAAAGAAUCACUGUUGAUGCUUGGCAACAGUGCGCUCUAUGAUUUUGACAGAAUAUUGAUACUUUCAGAGUGGGAAAUAACUAAUCUAUUUUGAUAUUUAAUUAUAAUAAUAAUAUUGCUAAUGCAAGUGUACAGCAUUUGUAAAUACACUGUAUAUGAUAUUAGUAUAGUUAAUUAAAAAGUAAGUUAUA